AUGAAAGAUUUCAGGCCUAUUUCACUUUGUAACGUGAUCUAUAAAAUUGUGUCGAAAGUUCUGGCUAAUAGACUUAAGAAGGUGUUGGAUAAGUGUGUGUCUGAAGAACAAUCGGCUUUUGUGGAAGGUCGUUCUAUUUUACAUAAUGCAAUGAUUGCAACAGAAAUUAUUCAUUAUCUCAAAAGAAAGACGGUUGGUAGGAAAGCGUCAUUGGCACUAAAGAUUGAUAUUAGUAAGGCUUAUGAUAGGGUGGAUUGGGGAUUCCUAAAAGGGAUGCUGACUCGAAUGGGUUUUGCAGAUAAAUGGAUCCAUUGGAUGAUGAUGUGUGUGACUUCGGUGAACUAUUCUGUGCUGGUAAACUCGGAUAAUGUUGGACCCAUUGAACCAGGAAGGGGAUUGAGGCAAGGAGACCCACUGUCUCCUUACCUCUUCAUCCUUGUUUCGGAAGGUCUUUCUUCCCUCAUAAAGAGUGCUGUGUCGAAGGGCGAUAUCCAUGGUAUCCAAAUUUGUAGGGGGGCAACGAGUGUGUCCCAUCUACUUUUUGCUGACGACUGUUUUCUAUUUUGCAGGGCCACACUUUCAGAAGUUCAUCACAUAAUGGAGAUUCUUGACUUAUAUGCUAAGGCGGCUGGUCAAGAGAUUAAUAUGUCAAAGUCAGAAGUUUUCUUUAGUCGCAAUCUGAGUGUCCCAGCACAGGAGGACCUGGCUAAGGUUAUGGGGGUCCGUCAUGUUCUUGGGACUGGUAUUUACUUGGGGCUUCCGUCUCUGAUAGGUCGUAGUAAGAAGGCUACAUUUUCUUUUGUCAAGGACCGUAUAUGGAAGCGUAUUAAUUCGUGGAGGGGUCGGUAUUUAUCAAGGGCAGGUAAAGAGACUAUGAUCAAGUCUGUUCUUCAGGCUAUCCCGACUUAUAUUAUGAGUAUUUUUCUUCUCCCGGAUGGUGUGGUUGAUGAUAUUGAGAAAAUGAUUAACUCUUUCUGGUGGGGAGGUGGUUCUAAUGGAAAGGGGAUUCGUUGGAUGUCAUGGGAUAAUUUGACAGUCUCGAAGGAGGAGGGUGGUUUGGGUUUCAGGGAUUUUAGAGCUUUUAAUAUGGCUAUGGUAGCAAAACAGGGUUGGUUUAUCAUGUCUAAUCCUCAAGCUCUUGUGUCCAGAGUCUUCAAAGCAAGGUAUUUUCCGAGAACUACUUUCUUUGAUGCAACUCUUGGUUAUAACCCCAGUUUUGUUUGGCGUGGUAUUUGGAAGGCUAGGGAGGUUCUAAUGUUGGGUUGCAGGUGGAGUAUUGGAGAUGGGAGCAAGAUAAAAGUCAUGCAGGAACCUUGGCUCCGUGGUACGAAUGAGGGUUGUUUGUCUGGUCCUCAAGUGCAAGGUGCGUAUAAUAUUACCGUUAAGGAUUUGUUGCUGCCUAAUGUUAAACAAUGGAAUAUGCGGGUUAUUCGUACUUUAUUUGAUGUUACAGUUACAAAAGAUAUCCUUCAAGUACCCUUAGUAGAGGAUGUUAUGGAGGACAGAUUAGUAUGGAAGGAAGAACAACAUGGCAUGUAUAGCGUUAGGUCGGGAUAUCGGGUUUGGAGGAAGGUGAGGAAAAGAGAGGCAAUUUCUUCCUGGCGGGCAGCAGGUUUGUAUGAUGUUAUAUUUCACCGUCUCCAUUCUUUCCAAGAUGUUAAAUCUGUUAUUUUUGAUAUUUGCUGCAAAGAAGAUAAUAAACUUGCUGGUAGAGUAGCGGUAAUGAUAGAGAAUUUAUGGAAGAAUAGAAAUGAUUGGGUUUGGAAUAAUGAGAAAGAAGAAGCUACUAAACUAGGAUGGUUAGCUUUGCAUAAGUGGCAAGAAUGGUUUUCUGCUCAACAAUUUCGGCACUCUGAACGAGUUGAGGAGAAUCUCUUACAAUGGCAUCCGCCGUCGAGUGGCUCCUUUAAAUGUAAUGUGGAUGCAGGUUUUAACCGUCGUUUAGGUACAACAAACCGUGGAUGGUGUAUUCGUGAUGAUCAUGGUGAUUUUGUUGUUGCGGGAGCGGCUUGGGAUGGUGGUACUUUAUCUACUUUAGAAGCGGAAGCUUUAGCCCUCAAGGAAGCUAUCCAUGGUGUUAGUACCCUUCACCUUGGCCAUGUUUUAUUCGAAAGCGACUCUCAGGUGGUUGUUAAAAGCUUAAGAUCAACCGCUUGUGGCAAUUCUGAGUUUAAUUGUAUUAUCUCCGCUAUUAAGUUGUUAUUACUAGAUUUUCCCCACUUUGAGGUGAAGUUUGUAAAGCGUCAAGCGAAUAUGUAUGAAAAAGAAACCAACCAUUCAAAAGCUAAACCAUUAGAUAGCAGCACACUGAGGAAACUCAUGUGUGAACCAUGUUACAGAUGA